UAGUAAUGUUAUUUCUUAUAACAAUAGUAAGGUAAUAAAUUAAAACAUCUUUAGUUUAUCAUAUGCAGCAACAUUAAUAAAACCAGUGACCAUUAUCGAUGUAUUUAUGUUAUAUUUAUUAAUAGUCAUAUUCUUAAUUGUGUGUAAGUAGUGGUGAAUGUUGUGCAUGUUCAAAAUCAGGGUCUUGUGGUUCUAAUUCAACUUGUGCAUGUUUAGCAUCAUAAGGGAGUCUAAUGUCAGGUUAAACAUGUUUAUUGAACUCAACAGAAAAUUUAGCUGUUGAAAAAUAAACAUAAAAUGGAGCAGAUGAAUCCUUAAUCAAUAGGUAAUAAAUAUUUAUUAAAUAUCUAGUUUUUCUGUUAUAUAAGUCUAUGAUUUAUUAAAUAGAAAUUCAACUUUGUCAUUUAAAUAAUUAUCUGCUAUUUAUGAAUUAGGCAAAAGUAUAGCUUAAAAUAGUGUAUAAUAAAGUGAAAUUAAUUGGUUUUUAAGGAGUCUUGAAUUUAUUACUAAGAAAUUAAAAGCAGUCUAAGCUUUAGAAACUAGUGCUCUAUAAGCAUUUUAAAUGCAAUUAUUGGAUUUAAUUCGAUCACUUAUGUUUAAAUAUAUUGAUUUGGAUUCAACAAAAAAUCCAAUCUUUUUUGAAUAAGGAUAUUUUAGUGCUAUAAUUGCUAAAUGGAAAGAUACUAGUAAAAUUAUAUAAUCAAUUUUAUAUAGUAAAUUAUUCAAACAUGAAAAUAAAUUCCAAAUCAAUUAAAUCAGCUUAAUGUGAAUAUAAAUACAAAUCAGUGUUGAUAAGAGUAAUAAUAACAAAGAUUUAUAAUAGUAUAAAUUAGUACUUGCAGUUUCUAAUGAAAUGAUAGAUGCAUUCACUAAUUCAACAUUUAUUUAUAAUUCUACAGUUACGUAUUGUUAAUUUAUGGAUAAAUAUGGUGAAAUCUAUUUUCCUCCAUCAUCUGAAUUUCAUUAUUGGCAUUAUGUUCCAAAUUUUGACUAUGAGCCAUUGUUAAAUAUGACUGAUGUAAUAGGACUUGGAUGUUUUUAAGUAUAUUGAAAAAUUAAUAUAGAUAAAAUAAUCUAAUUCUGUCUAUGGAUUGGCAUACAAUAAUUAAGAUUGUCAAUAUAAAGAAGUAUCAAUUACUAGAACUGUGCCAUAUUGUUAAUGUAAUGAACCUGGAGUUACUUUUGUUUAAAUCUUAUGGAGUGAAACUAAAAUGAUUCAACUUGCUUUGGCUUAAGGAUCAUCAAAUUUAACUAAUUCAACCGAAGCUUAUGAACAAUUGUUGAUCUUUAUAUAUUUUAUCAUUUAUAUUUUAUUAUGA